AUGGGUCUCAAUCGAGGACCAAUCGGACCCUGGGUCGUGCGAGACAUCUGUCUUACCGCUCAAGCUAUCCUUGCCGGCAUAGCUGUCGAACUAGAAGACUCUGAACUCGCCAGAUGGGCUUUGAGAUUGCGACUUUGGGGGACAGAGCUUUUCGAAGCGGUAAGUUUGGACAUGACCUUUGAACGCAACAAAGACGGCCUCCGGCCUGUGCGGCAACGCGUUCUGAGGAUCUUCGUAGACAUUCUGGUUUGGGAAGGUUUAUUUCGGCCCUUUGCUACACCUCCUGGGGUGCACCGCUGA